AUGCCCGACGUGAAGAGCACCAGCUCGGAGACGUCGGUUCAUCUCGAGCAUGUUGUGCCAACGCCACCCAGGCCGGAUGAAUCGGACGAAGAGACAUGGGCCACAAGUUCUCCUCGCGACCCACGAAACUGGCCUCAAUGGAAGAAAAAUGCGCAGAUUUUGAUGGUCGCGUUCCACUCCAUGGCGGGCACGUUCAUGGCAGCUGGUAUCAUCCCGGCUUACGAAGAAUUUGCCGAGCGAUAUGAUGUUACCGUGCCAGCUGCUAGCUACUUGACUUCAUUUCAGAUUCUCCUUCUAGGCUUAUCACCAUUGGUUUGGAACCCGGUCACUGCAGUUUAUGGCCGGUAUAAUGUCAGUCUGCUCUCCGUUUUCGGGAGUAUGGUGUGCAAUAUUGGUGGAGCUCGUGCUACCACUUAUGGAGGGCAAAUGGCCACCAGAGUUCUUACAGCUUUCCUUAUAUCACCUUCGAUCGGAAACGGCAGUGGUGUGGUGACAGAGCUGUGUGAGCCUGAAAAACGUGCCCAGAAAUUAGGCUGGUGGACUCUGAUGACCACAAUCGGAACUCCUGCUGGUCCUUUCUUCAUGGGAUUUGUGACCAAACACAUCGGUGUCCAAUGGAUUUUUUGGAUCUUUGCCAUCAUCAACUUCGUCCAAUUUCUCUUCUACCUAGCUUUUGGCGACGAGACUAUCUACAACCCGGAGAACGAGCCCCAGGCCAACGGUGUUUUUGGAAAACUGACUCCUCGCCGGAUCAGUUCUCGCCCACUCCGGAUUCGAGACUUCUUGUCUCCCUUUUCCUUGGCUCAAUACCCUCGAGUGCUGAUCGCGGCAUGCGCUCACGCCAUUACGUUUUGCUACGGCAAUAUUGCCCUCAUUGUCGAGAUGCCUAUUGCCUUCGGCGACAAGUUUCAUUUUGAUGCGCAGCAGAUUGGUUUGCAGUUUAUUGCAAUCAUUAUCGGUUGUGUGCUAGGAGAGCAAGUUAGCGGGCCCAUGUCCGACUGGCUUUUGAAACGUAUUCGACAGACCAGGGGGCAAUCAUGCCCCGCUGACCGCUUGUGGUUGUCCUAUAUUGCAUUUGCUACUAUCAUUGCCGGUCUAUUAACCUGGGGCUUUCAGUUGCAGCACGCUACUACCUGGAACGUCACCCCAUGCGUCGGUGCUGCCAUUGCCAGCUUUGGCAAUCAGAUGCAGACCACAAUUCUUACAACUUUUGCAGUCGAGAGUAAAAAGGAAAGAUCUGCUGAGGUUGGUGUUUUUGUCAACGUUUGUCGGCAGCUUUAUGGAUUCCUUGGCCCUUUUUAUUUUCCUGACAUGUUCACGGCAUUGGGACUAGGAGGAGCCGCCGGUGUGAUGUGUGCCAUUGUUGCAGGAUGCUCUCUCUGCUCAACCAUCGCCGUGCAUUGUGUGGCAACCCGUGCUGGCCACCGUCGCUGA